CGCUUUGCGUCACUUUCGCUUUCGCUCUCGUCGGAGGUGAGUUGAAGCUUCGCCACCUUACCUUCGCCGACCUCCCUGUGGCCGUGCAGGUGCGAUGAAGAUGGACGAGGGGUCCAAGAAGCACCUUAAGGAGUGGCUGCUGGCGCAGGUGGACUCAGGUGCGUUCCAGGGUCUGAGCUGGCACGACCCCGGCAAGACCAUGUUCAGGAUCCCCUGGAAGCACGCGGCCAAGAAGGACUACAAGCAGACAGAAGAUGCCGCCCUCUUCAAGGCCUGGGCUUUGCACAAAGGCAAACACCGGGAGGGACAGGAUCGGGCCAACCCCAGCGUGUGGAAGACUCGCCUGCGAUGUGCACUCAACAAGAGCACAGACUUCCAGGUGGUGCCGGAACUCUGCCAGCAGGACGUCUCGGAGCCUUAUAAGGUCUACCGCAUCCGGCAAGGCCCUGGACCAGCUGGUCAGACCGAGUCUGCACAGACCAAAUACAGCACCCGAGCUGAGGAAUCGCCAAAGAACCUUGCUUGUCCAGAAUCCCAGCGAUCAUUUCAAGUCCGCAAAGAAAGAGAAGGAGAAAAAGAAGGAGAAGGAGAAGAAGAAGAAGAAGAAGAAGAAGAAGAAGAAGAAGAAGAAGAAGAAGAAGAAGAAAGAGAUGGAGGAGGAGGAGAAGAACCAGACGCGCCGAUAAGGGACCACGUGUAUUGUGAGCGGACUGGGAAAAACGUUCCCCCUCAGCACUUUGAUCCCCUGACCCUCUGCAGCUCCAUCCACAACAUAGCAAAUUUCACCAUGCGGGUGACCUUCUCGUACCAGGGCCGCACGGUGCUGGUGAGCACCACCACCAGUCCGGACGGCUGCUUCAUCCUGCAGGGCCGGGGGCCGGUAGCGAGUGAGCGUAUUUACGGGCCCUGCACGCCACAGCAGAUUUCCUUUCCGCCCUCGAGCUCCUUACACAUGUCGGCGCUCACCCUGGAAGCCAUCAAUCGCCUCCUCUGCCACCUGGAGAGGGGUGUGCUCCUAUGGGUGGCCCCCGAAGGGGUGUUCAUCAAGCGCUUCUGCCAGGGCAGGGUGUACUGGAGCGGUCCCUCGGCCCCGCACACCGAUCGGCCCAACAAACUAGACCGGGAGAAGACCUUCAAAUUGCUUGACAACUCAACGUUUCUCAAAGAUCUUCAGCGCUUUUUGCAAGGAAAGGGAACGCCGCCUCUUUACAGCAUAGAACUGUGCUUCGGAGAGGAGUACCCGGAUCCGACCACCCCUAAAACCCAGAAGCUGGUCAUGGUGCAGGUGGUUCCCAUGUUUGCAGUGGAUCUGCUGGAGAGGUUCGACUCGGACUAAACCAAGAACAAAAUUGACAGUCCUGUCCUGGGUAAAACUGAGAAGAUUAAUCCUGUCGUGAACCAGCAAAAUUAUUAUUAUUAUUAUCAUUAUUAUUUAAAACACAGACAAAACUGCUUGUAACUCCCGGUAGGAAUGUCGGAGACACAUGAAACAAAAAACCUCUAUGUAGGUCUCACUUAGACCUACAUUUUAAUAAUGACAUCCUUCAACAAAAAUUAACAGGAAGUUGGCAAAAACCCCUUUAAAACAAAAUGUUCCUAACAAAUGUCAUUUUUGCCAGUGUGUCGAUGUUAAGAUAUUCAGCUGAGUUGGUAAGUUUAUCUGUUUGCUAAUAGUAGCUACUAUCCAUCCAUCUUCUAACACUUAUCCGGGUUUGGGUCACGGGGGCAGCAGCCAAAGCGGUCCCGUCCAUCGCCGCUUGCAGCUUUAAUUAUUAUUAUUAUUAUUAUUAUUAUUAAAAAUUUCCUCCUUUACCUGCCACGGAAAACAGCAAAGAGCAGAAUUGUGUUAGGGAAAAUAAUUGUGAAUGUUUUUGUAUGAGAGAUGUAUCAUUUUUCAGUACAAAGUCAUGUCGUCAUCCUGUCUAAAUAAUAUCUGGUUGAAAUAUUUGGGGUUUCCUUUUCUUUGUCGUGGUGAAACACAUUCAAAACCAUGCAGCUAAAGGAAUUACAAAUUGACAUACAAACCGAAAACAAUGAUUUGCAAAUCUUUUUCAACUUAUAUUCAAUUGAAUAGACUGCAAAGACAAGAUAUGUAAUGUUCCAACUGAAAAAAUAUGAACUCAUUUGGAAUUUAAUGCCUGCAACAAGUUUCAAAACAGCUGGCACAAGUGGCAAAAAAGACUGAGAACGUUGAGGAAUGCUCAUCAAACACUUAUUUGGAACAUCCCGCAGGUGAACAGGCUAAUUGGGAACAGGUGGGUGUCAUGAUUGUGUAUAAAAGCAGCUUCCGUGAAAUGCUCAGUCAAUCACAAACAAGGUUGGGGUGAGGGUUACUACUUUGUCAACAAACGCAUAAGCGAAUUGUCCAACAGAGCUAUUGCAAGGAAUUUAGGGAUUUCACCAUCUACGGUCCGUGAUAUCAUCAAAAGAUUCAUAGAAUCUGGAGAAAUCAGUGCAUGUAAGUGGCAAGGCUGUGACCUUCGAUCCCUCAGUCGAUACUGCAUUAAAAACUGACAUCAGUGUGUAAAGAACAUCGCCACAUGGGCUCGGGAACACUUCGAAAACCAGUGUUAUUAAUCAAUCAAUGUUUACUUAUAUAGCCCUAAAACAUUAGUGUCUCAAAGGGCUGCACAAACCACUACAACAUCCUCGGUAGGCCCACAUAAAGGCAAGGAAAACUCACACCCAGUGGGUCGUCGGUGACAAUGAUGACCCAGUGGGACGUCUGUGACAAUGAUGACUAUGAGAACCUUGGAGAGGACGAUUAACUACAGUUGGUCGCUACAUUCGAAAGUGCAAGUUAAAACUCUACUAUCCAAACCCAAAGCCAUAUAUAAACAACACCCAGAAACUCCGCCGCUUCACUGGGCCCGAGCUCAUCUAAGAUGUACUGAUGCAAAGUGGAAAAGUGUUUCUGUGGUCUGACGAUUCCACAUUUCAAAUUGUUUUUGGACACUUGUGUCCCCCAGAACAAAGAGGAAAAGAACCAUCCGGACUGUUUAGAGGUGCAAAGUUCGAAAGUCAGCAUCUGUGAUGGUAUGGGUGUGUAUUAGUGCCCAAGGCAUGGGUAACUUACACAUCUGUGAAGGCACCAUUAAUACAAAAGAUAAAUACAGGUCUUGGAGCAACAUAUGUUGCAAUCCAAGCAACGGUAUCAUGGAUGCCCCUGCUUAUUUUAGCAAGACAACGCCAAGCCAAGUUACAACAGCGUCGCUUCAUUGUAAAAGAGUGCGGGUACUAGACUGGCCUGCCUGUAGUCCAGACAUGUCCCCCAUUUUAAAAUGUGUGGUGCAUUAUAAAGCCUAAAAUAUGACAACGGAGACCCCAGACUGUUGAACAACUUAAGUUUUACAUCAAGCAAGAAUGGGAAAGAAUUCCACUUUAAAAAUGUGUCUCCUCAGUUCCCAAACGUUUACUGAGUGUUGUUAAAAGAAAAGGUGAUGUAACACAGCGGUGAACAUGCCCUUUCCCAACUACUUUGGCAGUUAAUUAUUAUUUGCAAAAAAAAAAAAAAAAAAAAGUUUAUGAGUUUGAACAUCAGAUAUCUUGUCUUUGUAGUGCAUUCAAUUGAAUAUGGGUUGAAAAGGAUUUGCAAAUCAUUGUAUUCCGUUUAUAUUUACAUCUAACACAAUUUCCCAACUCAUAUGGAAACGGGGUUUGUAUUACAAGGUGCCCAACGUUGUGAAUAAAUCGGCAGUGAUCAAAACAUUC